AUGAACGUAGUUUUAAGUAAGUUUUUUCGGAAAGAUGUAAAAGUUGCAGAACAAAUAGUAAAUUUCAAAUAGUAAAAUAAACAUAACUAAAAGCCUGGACAAAACUUUUAUUUUAUCCAUAUUGAAAUUGUUUUCUAGACAUGUUGCAUCUUUAUUCAGAAUAACUAAUAAAAAUAAAAUUAAUGUUGCAGAGAACAAACUAUCGCAUUUAACCUCAUGUCACUUCCGAUUCUCUACAAACUGUUUGAACUGCGUACUUACAUCCAUAAAUCCCAACAGCUGAUUACUGGCAAACUGCUUGAAUUCUGUUUUGACGCUUAAAGAAAAAUUAAAAAUUUUCUCCUGAAACAGAAAAAUUUUAAAUUAAUUGGAAAAUUCAAAAUUCAAAAUCUUUGGCAAAACUUGCAAGCAUAAAUUUUGCGUGGAAUAAUGGAAGAUAAAAAAAAAACGGAGAGUCGCAAAAAUAGCAGUAGAAAAGAUAUCCCCAAUGAGUGUGAAGAGGACACGAAUCCGAAGGUAACACGUACUACUCCAGAACCGCUCACAGUACCAAUCAAUUUAUCAGUUUUGGAAAAUGAUUUGUCUAUUGCAUCGAUUGAUUCAUUUCCUUUGUCGCCUGGCAUAGCGUCUAUAGCUGAAACAAAGCCACAAUUCAGACGUCACUACCCCAAUACUUGUGUGUUGGAGAAUUUAACGUUUGGAGAACGGGGCACUUUUCCAGCUUGUAAUGGCACAUCGAUUCUUAUUGAGUAUUGCAAUGAUGAAUUUGAUGCUGAGCAGGAAACCGAACUGAUCAUGUGGAAAUUUAUGUUGGAUAACGAGACUUUGAUUAAGCAAUUUGGAAUGAUAAGGAACAGAGUCGAUUCGAAGUAUUUUCUGCAAACACAUACGCAUCUGCUUAGUGAACACGUAGCAAAUUACAUGGUCGUCUGGUCUAUCAAUCUAAUAUUACAAAAAUCGAUUGACUUGUUAAAUAACGUUGCACAUCAGCUUAUGUGCUUACAAUAUAUUAUGGAAGUUAGCAACAGUCUAUUAGAAACAGAUCCUUUGUUUUGUAUUAGUUCCUUCUUCUUGCAUAUGACCAAUUGGGAUCUAUCCGAAAGGAGGGAGUUUGCUUCGGAUAUCGAUCGUUUUAAACAGCGUCUGACAAAGUUUACAGAAGGUGAUAUCUGGGGUGCGUUUGCUGAUGCUGCCAUAGAUGAACGCGAACGAAAGGAAUUGGCAGAUCCAAACUGCUUUGCACCGGUCAAUGUCUACAAGGAGCUGCCAAUUGUGUUAAGAAAGCGUAUCGAAAUGCAAAAACCCCUGCUCAUCAGAAAAACCUUUGAUGCUUUACCGGAAGAAAUAUCUAAAUAUUUUUUCAAAUGUUGUGUGGAUUGUGAUAUUUUAAAUUCCGAGUGCAUUGUGAAUAUGGAUGUAGUUGAACACACAUUAAUCACUCUUGAGGAAGAAAAACUUAGAGAAACCGCACAAGAUGACAACAAAACGAAACAUAUACUUCAUGAUUCAGACGCAGAAAACUCAAAUGACGAUCGCGUAUCUCCCGGAACUCCAAGAAGUUUUGAAUAUAAUACAUCCGAUACAGACGAAUCAACACAAAAUACAGACUCAGAUCCAAAUAAUAGAGAAUUUAUUUUUGAUAUAAUAAUGCCUCAAGAACGUGUAGACACCAAUAUCUAUAAAUUUGUUGAGCAAAAAUUUCAAGAAACUAUAGCUGGCAUUAAAACACGAUCUGGUAAUAAGAAUAAUUUGAAUGUUAAUGCUGCAGAGAUAAUCAAGGAGUUGGGAACUAGACAAGAAGUGGUCGAUGAUGAUUAUGACUCGGAUUUUUCAACAAAUAAUAAUGUUGUUAUAACGGACAUCAGUGAAGACGAAACUGACGAGGAUUUUAUUUCAGGUACAGAUAGUCAGAGCACUGCAGAUGAUUCAGUUGACGGUGAUGAAUCGGAAUCACUUACUGAACACACAAGUAAUGAGAAAUUAAUAAAAAAUUUUCUAAAAAUUGAGCCAGUUCCAAGCGAAGAACUACAAACUGAUAGAAAAGUUUUUAAUGGUGUAGUUAUUCCCAAUUCUAUUGGUAGUUUACCUUUAAAGUUUGUUGACAAAACUCACAAAAAUCUUGCAAAUAGUGAGAUUGUGAAAUCAAAUUUACUAAGCAAUAAAGAAAAUUUGCUUGAACAAAAGAUCAUUUUUAACGUUGAUGAAUUUACUGACAGUCAAAUUGAUGACGUUGUAGAUGAACCUGUAGAUAAUGUCUGUGACACUAAUGGAAAUUUUUUUUCAUUAAAUGUAAAUGACGUUGAGGAUGAUGCAAAUGUUGAAGAUCCGGAAGUUGCCAACAAUCAGAAAUUCCUUAACAAAAUAUUGUCUGCAUUAGGAAGUGGUACUGAAAAUACUUUUCCAACAACGCAGCAAUUCCAAAUAGAUAUUGGUCUUAGCAAUUUGGGUUGUAAAGUGCCUAAUACCGUCGGAAAUCAACAAAACAUCAGUUUCUCGCAUAACGAUGACAAUGAUGAUGAAGAUAUUGAUAAUUUUCUUGAUUCCACAUUGAAAGACGAAUUUACCAAAGAAGUGAGAGAGGAUAUUGAGACUGCAAAUUCAGAUAUUUCCGAAGAAGAGGCUUUUGAAAACAAUAACACUUUGGAAGACAUUGAAGAGCCAGACUCAAAGUUAACUAAAAAGCUAAAUUAAUUAAAGAGUGAUAUUUAUUUAAAUUAAUUAACUAAUAUAAUGGAAAUUCACUGGUAUUACAAAAAAUAGUUACUGCAAAAAAAUAGUAAACACGAGAAACGACUACUAUAGGAAAUAGCUAUUGUCGGAAUAGUUUAUUUAAGAAAUUUUUUCCACAUAUAGUCUUAGCAGGAAACAAUUAUUUUAAGAAAAUGUCUACUCUUUCAUUGCCACUGCAUCAAUACUUAAUAGAGAACUUUAGAGACAAUAACGAAAAUCCGACAGUGAAAUACAAUAAUAAUAUAAGAAAUCAUCCGUGUUAUUAGGAGGUUACCCUAUGAAUACUAUAAGAGUUACUCUCCGACUACAUUCAGGCCUAUAUACUUUACUCCAUACAUAUAAUUAUUUUUCUGUUUUAAAAAAUCAAAAUUAUAAAUUGAUUAUAUAUAUUUUGUAAAAAGUUUAUGAAUCAUCUGAUACAAAAUACACAAUAAGUUCUGCAACAACAACCAUAA